UUGUGGAUAAGUAGAAUUUAGAACAAUUAUAUCAAUUUUUAAAAUUAUAAAAGUUGCAGGGAGUCGUACACCUGGAGUUCACCUGGAGUUCCAGAUAAAUAUAAUGUUGAAUAGGGUUGAAAGAAAGCUUUUACUCAUUAAAAAAAAAAAAAAAUACUAUGAACCACGUGUUUUUAACCUUUAAAUUGUUUUUAAAUAAAUAUUUGGAUUUUUGUUAAUACAAAAAAAGAGCAGGACUUAACAAUAUAUUUUUCUGUAUUAAAAAGAUCUCAGGUUCUUAAAAACGUCAACGACAACAUUUUUAGUAUUUACUCAUAAUGAGUGCAAAGAGGAUAUGUAUUGAAAAAGCCAAGCAAAUCUCUGAUGUUGGUGACAAGGAUGAAAAAGUUGUCAUCAACUCACUGGACUACGACUCAUUAGCAAAAAUCAUCAUGUUGCUGCCUAUACCAGAAAGAAUAGACAUGGAAGAAGUUUGUAUCAAAUGGAAAGAGGCAUGUCGACUAGCUUGGUAUAACAUUAAAGAAUACAAAUGUGAAUCGUCAAUUGGACGUUCGUAUGAUAACCGUGUGUUGACACAAUCAUACCUCCAGGAAAUAUUAUUAAGAUGUGGUAUUUAUUUAAAAAAAUUGUCUCUCUCAGAUGUUUGCAAUUCAAAGAUCAUGCCAUUUAUUGGUGAUCAUUGUAAAAAUUUAACAAGCCUUGAAUGUAAAUUCUCCAUCGAUUCUUUAAAUGAUUUUGCUAAUGACUUUGUUCAAUUAACAGAGUUGGAAAAUCUUGAAUGUUUAAUGUUGGAUGUUCUGAUUGAGCUUCAUGAAGAAUCAAUAAUUGCUAUUUCAAACAAUUGUAAAAAACUUAAACGUUUAGAGAUUCCUUAUUGCAAUAUAGUAUCAUCUAUUGAUGGUGAGCCACUUUUAUCUUCAUCUGUUCUUUAUGAGUUAUCAAAAUUACAAUAUCUUGAACAUCUAAGCUUGCGUUAUACAAUAAGCCUGAAAGAUAGUACAAUUAUUGCAAUUGCUAAUAAUUGUAAAAACCUGAGAAGUUUAAAUAUUGAAAGUUGCAAUGCUAUUACUGAAACAGCUCUUGUUGCUUUAACAAACUUGAAAAAUUUACAAAAUCUUAAUCUGUAUUUUACAAAAGGUAGAAUUUUACUUAUCGACAAUGACGAAUUUUUAAGAAAAUUAUAA